CUAAUUAAAAACUCAACAAAAAAUACAGACUGGGCUUAGUUAGUGGACCUACAUAGCUAAGCCCGAAAGUUAAAACUCAAAGUUUUUCUUCUUCAUCAAGUAGAAGAUUCGCGGCUGUUCAAUCAAGUAUCGGCGACCAGAGAGAAACGACAGUUGAGAUACUAAAAUGGAAUUCGUCGUUGAAGAAGACAAACACCUCGAUAAAGAUUGUUCCACUCUAAUUAUGCCGGCAUUGUCAAUUGGAAAUGUGGGGCAAUUGGCUAUGGAUCUUUUAGUUUCAACCAUGAAACCAGAGAGAGUUGGAUAUUUGGAUACUCCUUUUGUUCUUCCUUGUGUGGGAAAUGAUGCAUAUGUGCCUGUGCCUCAAGGCCAGCUCGCUCUACCACUUGAAGUUUAUGAAUCACCCGCUAAUGGAGUCACUCUUCUCCAACAAAGGUCCCCAGUUGUCAAGGGGAUGAUGAUUGAAUUUGCUAAAAACUUGGCUGAGUUUGCUGCUGCUAGUGGAAAGACACAUGUUAUUGUGCUGUCUAGCUUAGAUUUCGGGAGGUGGCAGAAAAUUGAUAUGUCAAGUGGUUCGCAGGUCCAUUACCUAUCAAACACCAAGAAGGAUGGAAAAGAUGAUCACUGUGAGAAAAUUGGGUGGAAAAUACUAGAAGAAUAUAACCCUGACCAGAGGAGAUGGAAAUAUCUGAGUGAUAUAGCAGAGGGCAGUUCUGUGCAUGUAGAUGAUUUGUCUUUUGAGGACGAGCAAGAAAAUGAUGAAGAUUACUACCCAAGCUUGCCUUUUGCUGCACUUUAUUCAUGUUUCAAGGAAAAAGGUUUGAAGGUCACCUGCUUAUUAUGCUACUGCUCAGAGGGAGACAACAUCCCCGAUGCUUUCAAUUUGGCUGAGGCAGCAUGCAAACUUCUGGGAUUUUGUCCCAAUAAUCUUAAUAACUACGCGGACGGCAAAUGGCUCAUCCCAUUUUCAUGGGGAACACUCUAUGGACCAGCUCCAGACAUGUCCAUCUUUUAAGGAAGUUACAGGUUAGAUGUUAGGAAGAAAGCACUGUGUUUGUUUUCAGCUCGCAGGCUUAUAAUUCAAGUCUCAUUAUCACUGAGGUUUAGUUAGCUGGACAUCUGUGACACUGCGCUCUGUAUUCAGUAUCAUAUAUUUGUUUAGCAAUUAUUUUAAUCUGAAGAAAAGGUAUUACACCAAAAUUAAGAAAACGUAUUACACCAAAAUUAUGAUCAAUAUCUUCUCUUUUUUGAAAUUAAAUUGAUCUACCUCCGAUGCUUUGAAGCUUUAUAGGGAAGUAUAAGAAUAAUUAGUAUUUUUGCUCCUGAAGUGCCUUUAUAUUAUAACACUUAUUAAUAAUAUCUCUAGAAAUAUAAUUUUUAUGGUAAUGUAGUUUUUCUUUUUUAGGUUAAUGAAUAAUAGAAUAAAAUAUAUAUAUAUUUUUCAAUAAGAUAUAUUUUUAAUUUUAGUUUUUUAAGACUGAAAGAUAUUUAUUCUGCAUAUAUUUAUUAAUUACCAUUUGUUUAUAUUUUUACUUUAAAAAUUAUAAUUCGAGAGAUAUUAUUAACGAGUUGUACACUAUAAGGGAUACAACUUAGUAGUAGAAAAAGUUUUGGAGACGAAAAUAUUAAUUAUUUAUCAAGAAAUUAACUUUACAUUACAAUACUAGAGAUUAUACACAACGUAUAUGUAUGAUGAGUUAAUAUUUUGUAACUACACUUUAAAAUGUGAAGUUCUCACGUGAAAAUAUUAACAUGUUAAUAAGUUAAUAACUCAUCGUGCAUGUUUUGUACGUGCCUUGGGAGUAGAGUUGUACAUUUGGGCCAGACUAUUUGGCACGAUACAAAAUCGGCACGAUCCUAAGAUACGAGCACAACAAGUAAAAAAAUAUAAGCUUAAACACGGAACAAAAAAAUGAAUUUGAGCACAAUACAAAAAAUAUGACACAACACGACAUGAAAAAAAGUAUAAAUAUAAAAGUAUGAAAACACAAUAUCAAAAAUAUAUAAAUUUAGUACCAUCAUCAUCAUCAGAUCUCUGUCUCUCUCUCUGAAGAAGAAGAAGACGCAGAGGCAUUAUCAGAUCUUGGAAAUGCCUCGCCUGACUUUGAACCCUAAUCGUCUUUUGCCUAGGUUCGUCUUCGGCCAGUCUUGGUCCCUUUCUUUGUCUUUGGCGUUUAAGUUCAGGCCAUGGAGUUCUGUUCCUGCCAUGGCGAUCCUGUCCUUGUUGUUCACAUACCGCCCUUGCUCCGUCGAACUGAGUAGUGGUGGCGAUGGUGGAAAAAUCUCAUCCCCUAGACGUCCUUGUCCCUCGAACCGUGCCUCCUGCGAUUGAGAGAAAGAGAGAGAAGAAGUUUGAGAUUUGUAGAGGAGAAAGAGGCGGCUGUGAAAAAUGGUAUUGUUAGGUUUCAAGAGCUUUCUUUCUCAGUGGUGGCGAUGGUGGAAAAGUUGCCCUUGCGAUUGAGAGAAAGAGAGAGAAGAAGUUUGAGAUUUGUGAAGAUAGAAGAGAAAGAGGCGGUUAACGCGCGUCAUGGAUAGGUAGUAUGUUUUCCACGAUCGACGGUGAAAGCAAAGUCGGAGUAUUGAUCGUGUGCGGCUUAGUCUUCUGUGUCGGCCGGGAAGAAUUAUGUAGCCAUCAAUCAAAGGGUACUUACGAUCGUGUUCAAAGCUCUGUUCAGGUUUUUCAUUCCAACUCCUACAUUCAUAAACUCUAAUAAAUUCUUUGACUAUUGUAAAUCUAUUUUGUCAUUAUCUACACAUUACAUAUGAAAAUUUAGUAAUUAUAUGUAUUACUCAUUUUGAUAUUUGCCACACGUAUAGAGGAAUUUUUAGCCCAAUUAUGAGAAUUUUCAUAAAAUUUGCUUUUAUUGAUCUUACCUUGUAUUAUCUAUAUCUAUUAGAAAAACAUCUUCAUAUUUUGUUAUUAUAUUGAUAUUGUUGUUAAGGCGUGACCAAAUCGCUAUGGGAUGUGAAACUCUUGGUGGUUGUCUACAUGGCACCGGUGGGCAAGGUAGUUACUCAUGGAACAGUUACUAGUGGUUACUGUCUAAUAUAGUGUAGUUGGUGUGGUGAUGGUGGUUGACGGAGGCUAUAUGGUGAUGUGGUGGUUGCGGUUAUCAUACUGUAACAUGGUAAUAGUGACCUUUGCAGUUAUUUUAUUUUUAAUUAUUAUUUAUUUAUUUAUUUUUAAAUUCUUGUUUUUAACUACCCUCUAUAAUUUUUUAAGGAAAUUAUAAAUAUCAAUUAUUCUUAUUUUAUUUAUUUUUUAUUUUUUUAGCAGUUAUUUUAUAAUAGUAUUAUGUUUUUUUUUUGUUUUUUUUUUAUUAUGAAUUAAUUAUUAUAAAUUGAAAAUCAAAUUUCCCUUGUGUAAUCAAGGAGAGUUUGAAUUGUACGCAUACGACUUAUUAUGUAUAACAAUUAUAUAACAACACAAAUUUGCACAAAGUCAAACCCAACAAAACCAAAUAUGUACAAACACUCGUAAAUUUUCAAUUCAACAUUUAGGUCACUAAACCUUCUUUUGGACUAUAACGUAUAAAAUGAAACUUACAAAAAUAAGAAACAGCAAACCCAACUCCUUUUCAAAUAAUUAAUAUAAUAAAUACAUAUAAACAGAAAGGGGUUUGACAUUUUGAACUUUGUAUUUUUUUCUUGAAAAUUUUUUUAGGCAAAAUUUGUACUUUGGAAGAGAAAAACAAAUACAAAAAAUCAUACGUACACUUGCAGUUUCAGAAAGAUCGACCAAUUGUUUGUUACGUGGCACACUCCUAUUGGUUAGUAGUUAUGUAGGACGGCAACCAAAAAAAAUCAAUGCAAUCCAGAGAUAAAAGAGUCCAGAAACCUUUAACGAAUGACGGUGGCCAGUCGUAUGAAGGUUAUUACGGAACCACAAAACGAUGCUAGGCCACCCCAGAACCAAUCCGAUGGCGGGUACCAUCAACGACCAUCGAAAGCGCGUUGGCUUGUUCCCAGAGAUACUGCUUAGGACGUUCUUUUAGUUUUGGUCGUGCCUACGGUUAAAGCUCCUUUCCGCAGCCGACCUUAUGCUCGACCGACCACUAACAACGGACUCAUUGGGCGACCCUUGGCCGCUACUCCCAUAUUGAUGCUCCCACGCUCUACCCCGAUUCACGUCCGGCACGUGCUCCGACACGCGCCACACCUUAACUGACUUGUCGAGGCUCCCGCUGUACACCACCCACCUCGGGUCAACCGCACCGUCCUUUUCGGAGCCCCGAUUUUCGUAGCAUUCCUCUUCAACUGCCAAACACUUGACGGGCCCAGUAUGACCCGUUAACACCGAGAGGCAGGCGUGGGCCCCACUGGGCUCCCUCCUCCAGACGCAAAUAUUCUUAUCGGCGGAGCCGCUAAAGACAAGGUUUCCGCCGGCGGCGAGACAAAGCACGGCGAGCUUGUGUCCCCUGAGGACCCCACCGUGAGACAAGUGCUUCUCUCGUUCCCAGUAAUUGACCAACCCGUCUGACGAACCGCAGUAAACUAUGGCGUUUUCUACGUUCACUGCUAGAGCCGUCACCGCGUUCUCUUGCUUCAGUAGAGUUUGAACCAAGAAAUGUUUCGUCCCUUCCCCGUUUAGCUCUCUCCUCCAAACCUUAACAGUACCAUCAGCCGAGCCGGUGAAAACCAACGAGUCGAAACCAGAAACAACUGAAUUUACGGCGUCAUCGUGAGCAGUGAUAGAUUCCAAGCAUUUGGACGUGGCGAUUCGCCAGACUUUAAUUGUCUUGUCCCACGACCCUGAGUAUAAUAACCCUUGUUCUUCGUUCAAGCUCAUGCACGAAACGGCGUCGUAAUGCCUUAUACGGAGAACAUUCCGUCGCCUCCUGACCUCAACAUAAUUCUUUGGGUUGAUGGAGCCCCGGAGAAAAUCCCUGAAAGAGGGCAAGCUCCCGAUUCGUUUGUGGACCCGCGGAUUCUUCGGGGAGACUUUCCAGACUCGAAUCUUACCGUCCUGGUGACCCGUGAAAAUCUUAUGACCUGAGAUAACAAUGGCUUUCACCAAACCACUGCUGCAUUUAAAUCCGGAGAAUUCUUUCAUGUUUUUCCAAACCCGAAUGUUCUUGCUGUCGGAUCCAGUGUAGAGAAGGUCCCCUGAAACAGCUAAAGAAUAUACAUGACCCUCUUCUCUUACAAUAGACCGGAUUAAGCCAUUACGAGGAAAAUUCUCAUGAUCUUCUUCGUAAGGAGUGAAAAUAAUCGGAGAGGAUGUUAGCCAAGGAGACUUGUUGUACGGAGAAGAAUUUUGAUUAUUCCAAGGGGACAUGGCGUAGGGAGAAGCACUAACCGAUGAUCCCGGACUCAUCGCCGACGAGCUACUUUGACGGUGGCCGGAGAAGUUGUCGUCGUCGAUGUGGGACGCUUUGUGACGUGGCGAGAAGAUAUUUGAUUCGGAAUGCAACAGUGCUCCGAAUUUGGGUCUGGCAAGGAGACCAUUAUUGGGCCUAUCCGCUACCAUUGUGGAUCCUCCUUUUGAGUUUCUCAUCUACCGUUUGGGAAAAUUUUAUGAAUUGAGAUUCAGGGAAAAGUUUUGAGAUAGAUUUUGUAAGAGAAGAGAAUGAAGGGAGUGAUUAUUUUUUUUUUUUUAGUAUUUCGAAGAUU